AUGGCCAAAAUAGGAUCGUCAUGUAUAGGAUACGUAGUUAUUAAUUUAUUUAUUGUUUGUAGUCUAAUAUUAAGUAGUAAUGCACAAUUGACGCGUCAUCGACAGACUCCCAAUAAUCGAUUAGCGAACAGGACACCACUCCACCGUGUGCAUCCGUGCGAGCAGAGCUCCUGCUAUCCGGCCACGGGUAAUCUGCUGAUAGGGCGUGAAAACCGGCUGGAGGCGUCGUCCACGUGCGGCCGGGUACGUCCGGAGCGCUACUGCAUCGUGUCCCAUCUGGAGGAGAAGAAAUGCUUCCUGUGCGAUACGCGCCGCGAAACGGAGAACGAUCCGAUGAAGAAUCAUCGGAUCGGGCAGAUCAUCUACAAAAUGAAACCCGGCACCGUCGAGCAAACGUGGUGGCAGUCGGAGAACGGCCGGCAAAAUGUGACCAUUCAGCUGGACCUUGAGGCGGAGUUCCAUUUUACCCAUCUGAUCAUCGUGUUCGCGACGUUCCGGCCGGCGGCGAUGCUGAUCGAGCGUUCGUACGAUUUCGGCAAAACGUGGCACGUGUACAAGUACUUCGCGCACAGCUGCCGGGAGUCGUUCCCGCACGCGCCCCUCAUUGCGCGCAACAUCACCGACGUUAUCUGCGACCACCGGUACUCGGGCGUGGAGCCGUCGAAGAACGGUGAGGUGAUCUACCGCGUGCUACCGCCGAACAUGAACAUCGAGAACCCGUACGCCGAGCACGUGCAGAACAUGCUGAAGAUGACGAACCUGCGUGUGAACUUUACGAAGCUGCACUCGCUCGGCGACAACCUGCUGGACGACCGGGACGAGAUACAGGAGAAGUACUACUACGCCAUCUCGAACAUGAUCGUGCGCGGGUCUUGUUCGUGCUACGGGCACGCGUCCCGCUGUCUGCCGCUCGAGAAUGUGAUCAACACGGUAGACAUGGUGCACGGAAGGUGCGAGUGUACGCACAACACCAAGGGCUUAAACUGCGAGGAGUGCGAGGACUUCUUCAACGACCUCCCGUGGAAGCCCGCGCUCGGAAAGCAAACGAACGCCUGCAAGAAAUGUAACUGCAACAACCACGCCACGAGCUGUCACUUCGAUCAGGCGGUGUACGAACACUCGGGACGCGUCAGUGGUGGUGUCUGCGACAACUGCCAGCACAACACGCUGGGCUACCAUUGCGAGGAGUGCGCCCCGUUCUUCUACCGCGAUCCGAACGAAGACAUCCAGAGCCCGUAUGUGUGCAAACCGUGCGACUGCGAUCCGCGCGGUUCGCUGGACGAUGGCAUCUGCGACUCGAUUGCGGACGAGGAGAACGACAUCAAGGCCGGUGCGUGUCACUGCAAGCGCAACGUGCAUGGGCGCCGGUGCGACCAGUGCAAGGAAGGAUUCUGGAACUUCGACGAACACAAUCCGGACGGCUGUCAGACGUGCACGUGCAAUACGCUCGGCACGGUGAACAACUCCGGCUGCAAUGUGUACACCGGUGAGUGCAUCUGCAAGCGGCUGGUGACCGGGCGCGACUGCAACCAGUGUAUGCCAGAAACGUACGGCCUGUCGGAUAGCCCGGAGGGAUGCUCGCCAUGCAGCUGCCAUCCGGGUGGCUCGCUGGAUAACAGCUGUGACGUGAUUACGGGUCAGUGUCGGUGCCGGCCGCACAUGCAGGGACGAGAUUGUAGCGAACCGAAACAGCAUUACUUCAUCCCGACGCUGCACCGCAUCGUCGAGGCGGAGUUCCCUUCGACGUACUGCGAAGCUAAUGGUGGACAAAACUGCUCCGUGGUAGUGCGCGAACGGGCAAAUGAUCGUGAUGCGGACUUUACCGGACCGGGCUUCAUUCGUGCUGCCGAGGGUACCAAGCUGGAGUUCACCCUCGACGACAUUCCGAAAACGAUGAACUACGACGUGCAGAUUCGCUACCACCCGCAGAUGAAGGGUGACUGGGAGAACGUGCGUACGACCGUAAUCCGACCGGAGGUGUACAAUCCGGAGGGACCGUGUGCCAACUCGCAUCCGAGCUACGAGCGGGACAUAAAGACCACGCUGUCCGAGUACGAAACGAGUGCGUUUGCGCUGCAGGACAUCUGCCUGGAGAGUGGCAAAACGUACAAGUUUAUCGUCAUGUUCGAGCGGCACAAUCCGUACGAUGAUAACCCAACGGCGCAGAUCUUGAUCGACUCGAUCGUGCUGUUGCCGCGCAUCGAAAUGACACCGAUCCUGCAGGGCACGCAUCAGGCCGAGGUACGCCACCGGGAGUUUGUGAAUGCCGCUUGUAAUCACACGUACUACGAUGUGAACUACAAUACGGUCGCGCCGGAGGAAUGCCGCGACAUCCUGGACAUGAUCAGCGUGUACAUCAACAACGGUGCCACUCCAUGCGAAUGUAAUCCGACCGGUUCCAAGAGCAAGAAGUGUGUCGAGUCCGGUGGACUUUGCGCGUGUAAAACCAACGUCGUCGGACGCCAGUGCGACCGGUGCGCGCCAGGAACGUACGGGUUCGGACCGGAGGGCUGCAAGGCGUGCGAUUGUAAUAGCAUCGGCUCGAAGGACAACGACUGCGACCUGACGACCGGCCAGUGUAGCUGCCGACCAAACACGUACGGCCGUGAGUGUGACCAGUGCCAGCCGGGCUUCUGGAACUUCCCGAAUUGUCAGAUCUGCGAGUGCAACGGGCACACGCCGACCUGUAACUCGAAGACGGGCGAAUGUAUCCAAUGUCAGGACUUCACGCAGGGUUGGAAGUGCGACCGGUGCGUCGAUGGGUACUACGGUAACCCACUGCUUGGCUCAUCGAUCGGCUGCCGGCCGUGCCGCUGCCCGGACACGAUCGCGUCCGGUCAUUCGUAUGCCAACGAGUGCUAUCUGCAUCCGUCCACGAACGAUGUGAUAUGCUCGUGCAAUGAGGGCUACAGCGGUGCCCGGUGUGACGUGUGCGCGGACAACUACUAUGGAAACCCGGAGAAACCGGGUGGUCUGUGCCAGCCGUGCGAUUGCAGCAACAAUGUGGACUCGAAGCGGCCCGGUAACUGCGACGCCAAGACGGGCCAGUGCCUGCAGUGUUUGUACAACACCGAGGGCGAUCACUGCGAGUACUGCCGGGAUGGAUACUACGGUGAUGCGCUCCGGCAGGACUGUCAGGCGUGCGAUUGUAAUCUGCUCGGUACGAACCAGACGGUGCAACACUGUGAUCGCUACACCGGCCAGUGCCCUUGCCUGCAGAACGUGAAGGGUCAGUACUGCGACGAGUGUAUCGAAAACCACUGGAAGAUCGCCAGUGGCGAAGGGUGCGAAGCUUGCGACUGCGAUCCCGUCGGAGCACUCAGUGAACAAUGUAACCCGUACGAUGGACAAUGUACGUGCAAGCCAGGAUUCGGAGGAAGACAAUGUAACCAAUGUGAAGCCUUCUUCUGGGGUGACCCGAACGUGGAAUGCAAACCUUGCGAUUGCAAUGUGUACGGUUCCGCGACCCAGCAGUGCGAUCGAACGACCGGAAAGUGUGUCUGCAACCCGGGCAUCGGUGGCUACAAAUGUGACCAGUGUGCCCGCGGCUACCUCGGACAGGCUCCGUACUGCGAACCGUGCGGUGAGUGCUUCGACAACUGGGACAUGAUUCUGGACGGACUGCGGGACGAAACGGAUCGCACGAUCGAGGAGGCGAAAACGAUCAAGAAGCUCGGUGCCACCGGUGCCUACAAGAAAGAGUUCGAUGCGAUGGCGAAAAAGAUCGGCCAGAUCGAGGGACUGCUGAACAAUACGAUUUCCGAUCGCGAGAUCGAAACGAUCGGCGGAGAGAUCGAUCGCAUUCGCAACCACCUGCAGGAAUCGUUGCGCAACCUGGAGGAAUCCGAGCGGAAGCUGCAGGAGACAGACUCGAGCAUCAAGCUGGCCAACAUCGAGAUCGUUAACCUCGGGAAGCGGGCGGACGAUGUGAAGCAGAUGACGACCUACCUGAAGGACAACGCGACGCGGCUGCAGGAGGGUAACAUCGAGGGCGCGCUGAAUCUGACGCGCGAUGCCUGGUACCGCGUGAGCAUGCUCGGUGAGACGAACAUGAAUAUUACGGCGCUCAAUAACCGGGCGGAAAAUUACUGCCGUCGGGCGGAGCAUCUGAUCAACAUGAAUCAGGCGGACAUAGUGCGUAACCACCAGAAUAACGAGGCGGCCCUGUUGAAAUAUCAGGAAGAGUUGAACACGCUGAACAAGAACGUGCCGGAUCUGAACCAGCGUAUCUGCGACCGUCACGGUGAUCCGUGCGAUGAGUUUUGUGGUGGUGCGGGCUGCAAGAACGGUUGUGGGGGGUUGCGGUGUGAAAACGGUGCCCUGACCCUGUCCGAAAAGGCACUUGAUUUUGCAAAGAAAACCGAGCAAAACAUCAAGGAAAAGGAGGAACUGGCUGAUGACAUUAUUCGCUCGAUGUCCCAGGCGAAGGCGAACGCUUCGGAAUCGUUCAAGAAGGCAAAGAAAACGCAUGACGAAACACAAGCACAUCUGGAGGAAACCAAAAAGCUUAUCGAUCGCUCGAACGCACUCGUUGCCAAUUUGACUGAUAUGAUCGAGAAUACGACGGCAUCGCCUGGCGAGAUGAAGGCCCUGAUCGACCAAGUCAUGAGCCACACACUGCAGCUGGACCCGGACCAGAUUGAUGAUCUGGCACAGAAGAUACAGGACGCCGUGUCGCAUCUGGUGAACGUUGAGGCGAUCAUUCGCAACACCGAAACGGACUUGCGCCGGGUGGAGCUGCUCAAGGCAGAUGCUAUGGACAAGAAGGAUCGCGCUGAAAAGGUAUUUUCUGGUGUUUUGAACAUAACGAAAGCUCUGGACGACGCGGACGACGCACAGAAGAAGGCACGGCAGUCCAUCAAGCAGGCAAAUGCUGACAUCGCGUCCGCCAAAAUCGAUCUGGAAGAGAUUGAGAAAGAAACAGACGAUGCCCAGAAGCGUGCAAACACGACGGCAAAUGCUGUGCUCACGCUGCAGUCACGCCUCGAGCAACUGCAGAAGGACAACAUUCUUAACGAGCAUGGCGCGCAGGAAAUCAACAAUCAAGCGGAGGUGGUGAAAGAAUCGGCUAACAAUGCCCAUGAGCGUGCCACGCAGUUGAAAAACGAUUUUAAAACUGCGAACGAAUCACUCACGGUGCAAGCCCGUAAGUCAGAAAGUGCUCGCGAACGAGCGCAAAAUCUGCUGAACCGUGCCUCAAAAAUCACCGUGGACACCAAUACUCAGCUUGCGGAGCUCCAGAAUAUGGACGAGGUCUACAAAUCGAACGAGAAAGAAAUUCAAACCCUGGAGGCCGAGCUGAACGAUCUAACCGAAAAGGUCAGCGGUUAUCUCGAAGCAAUCCGAACCAAAGCGGAAUACUAUCGCACGUGCUAAAUGUGUCGUUGCUUCGAACAAACCGUAGCAGUAGGACUUCAUUCGCGAUUGGACAAACGUCUAUUGCAUGAAAAAUAAGAGAAACUGUGUGCCAAAAAAAAAAAAGAAAAACGAACACAUAACAACUGUUGUCUAUUUAAAGGACUUUUAGUACAUGUGCAAAUGUAGAAUCGACGAAGGUCGAAGGAAAUGUAUCUAUUCUCUGGAUUUCAUUCAACCUAACUUUUCCCGUUUUUGUGUUCAGGCGUUGUGAUUACAAGACAACUGUGUGUGGUCACAAAGACGCCAAUUUUAAAGAUUAUCGGCAUUGUCUAGGAAUAAGGAACACCAGUGCAUUUACAAGGAUUACAGAUUAACUCCGCGUGGUCAAAGCUGCAGAAUUGUAAGCGUAUUUCAUACUGUCAUAACUGUCCGAACAAGUUUAGCAGGCCCAGUUAGUACAAUUAAGACAAUUUAAGCUCACUGGCGCCAAUAAUAAAAAUACUUCUUUCUUUUAUGAAGGGGUCGUACAACAGUUGACCUGCACAAAGGAAUGAAAACAUGCACAAAACUAGAUUUAGUUUGUAACCGGUAGAUCGUUAAAUAAGAUUAGAAUGAAAAUAACACUUCGGCAAUGUCGUAACGAAAGAAAGGAAAAUUUGUACCUAUCAUAACUCGCCAUACUUCGUAAUGAAUCCUUGAAAUGCCAAUUUUUAACCCUUGGUUUUAAGAUAACACGGAGCGACUACAUUGUGCGUCAUUCGUGAAACACCUAAACGUUUUCCUCGUAAAUAAUAAUAUGAUGAAUGUUUUAACAAAAAUGUAUGA